CUGCAGCACAGAAUGUUGAUGUACUACUGUACAUGUACAUGUACAUGUAUAUACAUACACUAUGGUCCAAGCAGAAGGCACAAGUCGCCUGGUUCAUUUUCUUCUCUAUCAGAAACUAAUCUCGCGAACCUAAUGUCCGUCCCACUUAUAUACAACAAUUGAAUGAAAUCAUAGCAACCAUUACUCCGCUUCGGAAGUUCCCACCCACCUACCCUACAAACAAUAUGACUCGCAUCCCAGUGCUCAUCGUCGGCGGUGGACCUUCAGGCCUCGUUCUGGCGUCAUGGCUGCGGAGACAGAACGUGGCGCUGCGGGUAAUCGACAAGGGAGAGUUCAGGGCCUCUGAUUCCCGCGCCAUAGUCAUGCAUGCUCGCACACUCGAGCUCUACCAGAAACUAGGCCUGGCGGACGAGGUGAUUGCGGACGGCAAGCAGAUGGUAGCUGCAAACCUCUGGGUCCAGGGGAGACAUCGAGUGCGAUUGCCGAUUGGCGAGAUCGGGACACGGAUCACGCCGUACCCGUUCCUCCACGUCUACCCGCAGGACCGGCAUGAGAAGCUGCUGGAGGAGAAAUUGGCGGAGGAUGGCGUCAUCGUCGAGCGGAAUACGGAGCUGUUGGAUUUCACAGACCAUGGCGACUAUGUCUCCUACACGCUUCUGCGCAACGAUACUCAGGCACGGGAAGAGAACUGCGAGGCACAGUAUAUCAUCGGCUGCGACGGGGCGUCGUCCACCGUGCGUCGUGGGCUCGAGAACAUACAAUUCCCCGGCGAGACAUAUCAACCGUUAUUCUACGUCGCAGACGUCGAGGCCAGCGGGCCUACCAUCAACGGAGAGGUCCAUGUCAGUCUCCAUUCCUCCGACUUCCUCCUCAUCUUUGCCUACGAUGAUAGCUCGCGCGUGCGAGUAAUAGGUAUCGUCAGCGACAGACCCAACAACGCCCCGCCAGAGACACUCACGUUCGAAGAUGUAGUGGGCACCGCCAUAGCUAGCUUGAAAAUAAAGGUGGAGAAAGUCAACUGGUUCUCAACAUAUCGCGUCCACCAUCGGGUGGCGAGCCACUUCCGGAGUGGCCGGGUAUUUCUCGUCGGCGACGCAGGCCACAUCCAUAGUCCGGCCGGCGGGCAGGGAAUGAACACCGGAAUCGGCGAUGCGGUUAAUUUGGCCUGGAAACUCGCGGCGGUGUUGCAGGGCUAUGCAGAUUCAUCGCUGCUGGACAGUUAUGAGGCGGAGAGGAUUUCAUUUGCGCGGACAUUGACACAGCGGACGGACCAGGCUUUCUCCAUCGCAACGUCCAGGGGGUUCCUCGCGGAUAUUGUCCGCACUUAUAUGGUACCCUUGAUCCUUCCCAUUUUAAUACGGCUGCCAGGUGCUACGGAUUAUGCGUUCCGCGUCCUGUCGCAAACGCAGAUAACCUACCGCGGAACGGCUGGUGUAGGUGGUGUGGCUGGCCAGGUGCACGGCGGAGACCGACUGCCAUAUACUACCGCGAACGGGGCAGAUAACUACGCGACACUAUCACCGAUUGCGUGGCAGGUUCAUGUUUACGGCACGCCCAAGGAGGAGAUGAAGCAAUGGUGCAAGGAGAAGGGAGUUGCACUGCAUGCCUUCGACUGGACGGCGGAAUAUAAGAGCGUUGGGUUCGCUCAGGAUGCUGCGUAUCUUUUGCGUCCUGAUGGCUACGUUGCCUUCGCGAAUCUGUCUGGCAUGCCGGCGGAGUUUGAGGGCUAUCUUUCAGCACAUGGAAUUCGCAAUUUGUCAACAUGAUUGAUUGAUAACCAUGUCUCCGAUGAUCGAGCGUCCUAAUUGCCGCUAAGCACAGAGUAGUUGCUUACUGUUGGGACUAAAGGAUUAUUUUAUUUGGUUUAUUUAUUUGGCUGUCGUAACAAUUUCUGUUACGUUUAUAGUCAACUUUCUUACUCGAGGCCCGCCAUCCACUGUCUUCUGUAGGGCCCGCGAGUACAUUAUCGCGUUGAUGUAGCUGUUGCGGGGAAGUCAAUGACGUAAAUGGAUUUGGCUUGCUAAGGCAAUAAUCAACCAAACUUUGCGGAGUUUUCCUGCCCCCUAGAGGCAUCGAUAUAGGGCAUGAGGCCGCUAUUGAUAGCUAUUAAGAUUUGCACGAUGUCACAGGCCCGAAGUGUCGUUUUGAAACUGAAUAUUUUUUUUAGUGCUAAUCAAACCCUUUGGGAGUAACCUCUGUAUAUACUCCGUAUGUACAGCACAUAUACGAGCGCAUGGAUACGAUCUGAUUUCCAAUCAACAACCAGAGAUUACAAUCGCAGAGUUUUAGUAUUCUUCUCCCUUCCCAUCGUCGUGCUGGAUAUUUACACGACCCCGUCGGCCUCCCUUCAGGGUCCUCAGUCUAGUCAAUUAUCCCUUCUUCCUGUGUCAAAAUAUGAGUACAGUACAUAUCUAUAUCCCUACAUACGUCGGCCUCAACCCGGCAGCCUGGAAGAAUCCACAGUAGGCGGCUGCGGCUGCACUUCCCCAGCACCAUCUGUCGAGCAGGUCGGGCCCCCACCGUCACUAAGAACUUCGCCAGGUGAGAGCAGAGUCAUGCAUGGGCUUCAUUGAAACCAGUGCUUUAACGAGAUGCAGCCGAUCCAAGGGCGCGUUUGUGGAAUAUGUAAUCACCGGCAAGAUAAUCCAGCGAAUACAAUAACAACACCCUCCACCUCGUCUACGACACCAUCGCAUCCCGCAAAUCCGCCGUAUGCAACGCCGCCAUCUCCUCACACCUAGCGACAAAGACACGACUACACAAUUCCCACAGCUGGCGCGCGAUGAUAUCGAGAGAGCAGCGCCUUGGUGGUGUACACGGCCAUCGACGAAGAAUUCAGUGUAGGUGCACAUUUCUUUCCUGCUCAGCGGGAGAAUUUUGAGCUUGCUCCGCGCUUUGGAGACAUUGCGGAGAAGCUGAUUGGUGAGGGGAGGGUGUGGGCGCAUCGGGUGCUGAGGGAUGAGGGGGGGUGGGUGGGUUGGAGGCUAUCGCUAAUGGAUGGAUGGGCGCUUAUGAAGGGGAAUAAGGUUAGUGGACGGAAGUUGGUGUAUAGAAUAUAAAUUUUGGGGUUGAUAGAGGCAGAUCUGCCGUGGCUGAGUGGCUCUAUAUGUACGGAGUAUGUAUCAUACCUAUUGUGUAGUUAAGUAGGUGAUCUUGUGUAUAUCUAUGUCUAUUUGGAAUUCCCAAUGGGAGAUUAAGAAAAGGUAAAAAGAAUUGGCUGGCUAGGGAAGUCAUAAAGCUUCCAUUGAUAGGCUAUUAUCUGCGAUGCUAACGGGGACUCAUCGGUGCAUAUAUGCAUAAAGUUCCUAUGUGGAACGAAACGGGUCAGAAACAGAGAACGCAGGGUUUGGCAAUAGAAGUUAGCAGAUCUGGGAAGAAGAGAAGCAUGAGGAACGCACCCUCCACCCUACCAGCGAUCCGGGCCCACUCACACUCUAUACAUGCUCAUAAACCCGCAAAACAUGCGAAUCAGCCUCCUCACCCAGCCCCUGCUUUCUCGCCACAUAGAGGAUAUUAAGCGCCGCAUUCCCCAAAUGAAGCGGGCAAUUCACAUCCCGUGCCCCCUGUACAACGGCAGCAAGCUCCGCUAUGGCUUCAUUGAUCGUCUUCCUCUUACCCCCAUCACCAUCUACCCCACCCGUUAAGCCAGACAUCAUCUCCGCGCCGCGAAGUUUGAAAAUUUUGCUCGCGCCCGCCGCAGCGUUGACGACAUCGUAGACCAAUGGCAGAUCGACCUUGAGAAGCCGGGCGAACGAUAUGGCUUCGGCGGCAGCGACGAGGUGGAUGUUGGUAAGCAAAUAGACAAUGAGCUUGAGCGCCGCUGCGUUUCUUUCCGGGUUCAAGGAGGCUUUUGGGUCAGCUUUAGUGAUGGGGUCUCGGUAGUAGAGGCGCACAAGGCUGGCGUCGUCGUCACCCCCGAAGCCGAGAGGGAGAGCGGUGAGGAAGGUUUGCUCCGCGAUGCCGCAGAGGGGGGUGGGGAAGCUGUGAAGGCGCGCGGCGGCGGUGACGAUGGCCUGGUUAUUCGUGAAAUUAGUUAGGGGGAAGGGUUUUUUGUUAAUUUGUGAUAACUGGUAGGAGGAAAAUUAAAUCUCAUACCACGUCUUUGAGGAUAAUAGUGACAGCACUAGACCCCGGAUAAUAAUCUUCUAUCAGCAUGCGCUCGCAGCGGUUCUCAUGCAUGAAGCUCCAUGCAUCAGAAGACAUAAGUGCCUCUGCCGCUUCCUUCGCAUUCAAUCCUAGGUGUGCAGCAAGGCCCAUGACUUCGCUUGCCGCGAGGAUGUGGAUGGCGGCAAGCACUUGGUGGAUCAUCUUCAUGUUACUGCCUGCGCCGAUCCCGCCAGGCACAAGAUACAGCUUAUGCGUAUCCGACAUCUCCUCAAGGAGGAAUUUGCCCCUUUCCAGCGCUGCGUCUGACCCGCCUGCCAUUAUGGUGAGGGUACCCUCUCCGGCCUUCCUAGCUCCACCUGACACCGGCGCAUCGAUAAAGUGUACGUCUUCGCGGCCAAUGGACACUAGUUGGUCCCGGAAUGACUGCGCGGACAUGGCUGGGACGGUAGAGCAUAGAAUGAGAGUCGCGCCAUUGGGGAGAGCUGCGAUAUUAUAUUAGCUACGCCGAAUAGAUGAAACAUAUACAGCACGUAUAAACUUCUGAAAAAUAAUAUAACAUAGUACCUACCCUUCGCGAUGCCAUUUUCAUGGUCAAAAAUCACAGCUUGCGCCUGGGCAGUGGUAGCGACCAUGCAAACACAGAACAAAUUCCCGCUCGCCGCAUCACCAGGAGAUGAAGCAGUAUGGCGGCCGGCUGCCUUAAAGCGGGCCAACGUUGGCUCCGAAAUGUCAUAUCCCUUGACGGUGUAACCUUGCUUGACGAGGUUCGUAGCCAUGCCGAAGCCCAUGAGGCCGAGGCCGACGAAGCCAAUUGAUUGUUUCUCAAUCGUCAUGUUGUGUGGCGAUGUAAACAAUUAAUAGGCGAAUCCAAAUGGAUCUGGUUUUCUAGCUUACAGCUUUUCAGCAGCGAAAUGAAUCAGAUCAAACUUGGGGUUAUAUGGCUCCUAUCCGCAAUCCUGUGAGGUGCGCACAAAAUGUGAACGUAGGAACAAGAGCAAAACGUACGGGUAUUUGUAGGGGAAUGGACAACGAACGCUCAGUUCAAUAGCCCGAAGCCUGAAUCUGCCAUCAGAGUUUUCAGGGGCACCUUUGGGCAGCAAUCGUCUGUGGCUUCAAAGAAAGCGAUGAGACAGAACGCCAUGACCAAGGGAGGGGGUACCCAGGUUUCCUCCAAGCGUUUAUAUACCUUGGUCGUUUAUCCAUUGACGUCACGCCAUCUGCGCAAUUUGGCUAUGUAGAGGAUUCUUU